AUGCCCAGCGCGUUUGAGAGCCUUCAAGUAUUAGAUCUGGGGCCGAUCCCACAUUCUAUCUGCGAGAAAUUAGCUGUGACUGCCACCCUCGCCAUAAGGACUUUUGCUUACGUAUUUUUGAGAUGGUGGAUACCUAAAGUACUAGGGCCUUCUUUUGCGAUUUUCCUACCUGUUUAUCUCGCUCUUACUUUGUCGAAACCCCAAUUUAUAACGAAAUCCGAGUCCGAUGUGACUAUUCGAUCAAAACAAGGACACCCAACCUCUAAAGAUAACCGGGAUCCCAAAGCGUCAAACGGCAUAGUCAUUGAAGCCAAGAAAGUCAAAGUAUCUACUCGCCAGAAGACAGGCCCUUGGAAGACCUUGUUGAUUGGGAGCCCCAGUUUGACAGAUAACCCUUUUCUCACCCUCGUCUCAUUCCUGAUCAAUGCUCUUUGUUUUGUUGCUGUGUAUGAUGCAACAUAUACUUUGCCAAAUUAUCAUAAAGGACACGAUCUCUCGUUCGCAAGAACCGGUUGGGUAUCUGACCACUCAGCGCGGAUUCUUGUUAGAGAACCAAGCAGCUCAGAAUAUGUCAAGCAUUCUCCGGUGUAUGUUGUAUCUUGGAGAGAGCAGACCCAUUAUGGCCCUGUGGCAACUCCUUUACGGUGGAAUACUCUCCAGGUUGGAGAGUUUACAGAAGAAACUGACUAUACAGUCUCUGUGACUAUUCCUGGUCUUAAACCCGGGACAAAAUAUCAAUAUUUAACGACAGGAAACCAUUCGGGAAGCUUUACAACUGCCCCAAAACAGGGCACUAAGGGAAAAUUCACUUUUUUAUCGACAUCAUGCAUAAAGCAGCGGGUUCCUUAUAAUCCGUUUGCACAUCCAUUGCACAUCCCUGGUUUCAAGGUCCUCGGAAACCUUCUCCCGGAACUCAAGGCGCAGUUUAUGCUUUUCUUGGGGGAUUUCAUCUAUAUUGAUGUCCCAAUGCGUCCCGGGAACGAUAUUGAAUCAUACAGAAUGAACUACCGUCAGAUAUAUUCAUCUGAGGAUUGGCCAGCCGUUGGAGAUCACCUUCCUUGGAUCCACGUCUACGAUGAUCAUGAAAUUGCAAAUGACUGGGACAAAGGCGACAGCGGUCUUUACGCAGCGGCAGUUGACCCUUUUAAAUCGUACCAGCAUCAAGUCAACCCCCCUCCCGUUAGAGAAAACUCGACUUAUUACACUUUCAAUUGGGGGCCUGCGUCGUUCUUCUUGCUUGACACCCGACGCUAUAGAUCCCCAAAUGGAGUUGCGGAUGGCCCAGAAAAAACAAUGUUGGGUGCGGGACAGUUACAUGAGCUUCUUGAGUGGCUCCGUAGGUCCGAUAAGGACAUUCAGUGGAAAUUUAUUGUUAGCAGCGUCCCGUUGACCAAGAAUUGGCAAGUUAACGGAAAUGAUACAUGGCGUGGUUUCCAAUGGGAACGUUCUAAAAUACUAGAAGCCGCGUGGUCGGUAAAGGGUGCUGGAGUCGUGGUCUUAUCGGGUGACAGGCACGAAUUUGCAGCCACAGCAUUUCCGCCUCCUCCAAACUCGCGCUACCCAGCGUCCGCAACCGUACAUGAAUUCUCAUGUUCUCCUCUGAGCCAAUUUUAUCUUCCCAUCAGAACAUACAAGCAAAGGGACAAUGAAGAUGUUCUCAUAAAAUAUGUACCUGAUGGAAAUUCCAAAUUUGGAGCAGUUGAAAUCGACUCUACAAGCCCCGGACAAGCAGUACUAAAAUACAAGCUAUUUGUUGAUGGGAAAGAAGUCUGGAAUUGGAUUCUAACUAAUCCUCGUCUAUAG